AUGAGCGGACUACGCUUCCUCGAUUUGAUCAAACCCUUCACGCCCCUCCUCCCGGAGGUGGCCGCCCCCGAGACCAACAAGGUGCCUUUCAACCAGAAGCUCAUGUGGACUGGGUUGACCUUGUUGAUCUUCUUGGUUAUGAGCCAAAUGCCCUUGUAUGGUAUCGUGUCUUCUGACACGUCCGAUCCCCUUUACUGGCUCCGUAUGAUGUUGGCUAGUAACCGUGGUACACUGAUGGAAUUGGGUAUCACACCCAUUAUUUCCUCUGGAAUGGUUUUCCAGCUCCUUGCCGGAACCCACCUCAUCGACGUCAACCUCGACCUCAAGACCGACCGUGAAUUGUACCAGACCGCCCAGAAACUCUUUGCCAUCAUCUUGUCCUUCGGCCAAGCCUGCGUUUACGUCCUUACUGGUCUUUAUGGCCAGCCCAGUGACCUCGGUGCCGGUAUCUGCGUUCUUUUGAUUGUGCAAUUGGUUGUUGCUGGUCUCGUUGUUAUUCUUCUGGAUGAAUUGCUCCAGAAGGGUUACGGCCUUGGAAGUGGUAUCUCCCUCUUCAUUGCCACUAACAUCUGCGAGUCCAUUGUCUGGAAGGCUUUCUCUCCCACCACCAUCAACACCGGUCGUGGUCCCGAAUUCGAGGGUGCUAUCAUUGCUCUCUUCCACUUGCUCUUGACCUGGCCUGAUAAGCAGCGUGCCUUGCAGGAGGCUUUCUACCGCCAGAACCUCCCCAACAUCAUGAACCUUUUGGCCACCCUCUUGGUUUUCGCCGCUGUCAUCUAUCUCCAGGGAUUCCGUGUUGAGAUCCCCGUCAAGUCUUCCCGCCAGCGUGGUAUGCGCGGAUCCUACCCCAUCCGUUUGUUCUACACCUCCAACAUGCCAAUCAUGCUCCAGUCAGCUCUCUGCUCCAACGUCUUCUUGAUCAGCCAGAUGCUCUACUCUCGUUUCUCUGACAACCUUUUGGUCCGUCUUUUGGGUGUCUGGGAACCUCGCGAGGGAUCUGCUCAGCUCUACGCUGCCUCCGGUAUCGCUUACUACAUGUCUCCUCCUCUCAACUUCAAGGAGGCCCUCUUGGACCCCGUCCACACCGCUGUGUACAUCGCCUUCAUGCUCGUUGCUUGCGCUCUCUUCUCCAAGACCUGGAUUGAAGUUUCUGGCUCCGCUCCUCGUGACGUUGCCAAGCAGCUCAAGGACCAGGGCUUGGUCAUGGCCGGUCACCGUGAGCAGAGCAUGUACCGCGAGCUUAAGCGUGUUAUCCCUACUGCUGCUGCUUUUGGUGGUGCCUGCAUUGGUGGUCUGUCUGUUGCCUCCGAUCUCCUCGGUGCUUUGGGCAGCGGUACUGGUAUUUUGCUUGCCGUCACUAUCAUCUAUGGCUACUUUGAAAUUGCUGCCCGAGAAAGUGACUUUGGCGCCGGCCUCCGAGGUCUCGUCCCAGGCAACUAA